AUGGCAGGAGACCCUUCAUCAAUUGGAACUCAAUCCGGCCUUGAACUGGGCACCAACAACGAGAUCCCCAACGCAGACCAGCCCUACCAACCGUUCAUGGACGUGCGACCGCCUACUCACGCGGGAAUUUCUGACGCCAACGGAUCUCCCCUGACGGAACGAGAGGUCCUAGAAGUCGAGAGACGCGAGCGCGAGGAGCGCCAGGCCACGCCUGAGCCAGAGGACUUUAGCAUUGCGUUUCCCGAGGACCUGCCCACGCCGCCGUUCUUGCAUGUCCAGGGCGUCCCCAACUUCAGAGACCUAGGCGGGUACGCUUGCAAGGCGCCUUCUGCGGUUUCGGCUGGUGGUGGUGAUGGUGACGACGGCGCCGGCGUCUACGUACUGCGCAAAGGCAUUCUCUACCGCUGCGCACACCCUACGCACCUCACGCAGCCGGGGGCAGAGUACCUGAUCGGCACGCUGGGUGUCAGGGACAUGUACGACCUGCGCAGCCAGCCCGAGAUCAGCCGUCUGGCGGCGACGGUGGCGGCGGCCGAGUCGGGCAAGGAGAAGAGCGUGUACCCCCUCGCCGACGCGCAGACGGGAUGCCUGGACCGCGUGCCGGGGCUCAGUCGGCACUUCACGCCCGUGUACCAGAGCGAGGACUACGGGCCGGUCGCGCUCGCGACGAAGCUGGCGUGGUACACGGCCGAGCACGCGCACGACGAGGACGCCGGGUUCUCGUACAGCGAGGGCUUCGUGAAGGCGUACCGCGACAUCGCCGUCCACGGGGCCGCCGCGUACGGCACCAUCUUCAGGCACCUGCUCGAGAAGCCGGGCGCGCCGCUCGUGUUCCACUGCACCGCCGGCAAGGACCGGACGGGCGUGUUCGCGGCCCUCGUCGCCAGGCUGGUCGGGGUCCCCGACGAGGUCAUCUGCUGGGAAUACGCCCUGACCGAACCCGGCCUGGGGAGCUGGAGGAACGAGUUCAUCGACCGCAUCUGUUCCGGUGGGUUGGGCAGUGCCGGAGCGAGACAGACACUGCAGCAAAAACAACAGCAGCAACAACAACCCCAAGAUGGUCCCCCCCCGCGCGUAUGGCCCGGCGAACAACGACCCAAGAUCUCCAGAGAGGCCGCGGCGAGAAUCUGUGGCAGUCGCGCCGGGAACAUGCGCGCGUUUCUGAAGAUGGUCCUCGACCGGGAACUGGGCAGCGUCGAGCAGUAUCUCAGCGAGAGGUGUGGGUUCAGCGAGGUCGAGAUUGAGAGGUUGCGGGCGUCUUUGGUCGAGAAGGUCGCAGAGGGGGAGGUCGUGAGGCAGUGUGAGAUCAAGGGUUGGACGGCAGAUGGUGGUGUCGAGAAUUGA